AUGAGUUCAAAUCGUCUAGAAUCAUUCGGGACCGAUAAUGAUGGUAUCCCAUUGUAUGAAGCAACUGUACAAUCAAUUGAACCAUUAUCACCAACAAUAAAAAGAUUUCGUUUAUCGAUUAAUGAUAAUGGCUCUCAACAAAAACUUACAUUUAGACCUGGACAGUUUUUAGACUUUUAUUUUCCUCCUUCGAUUACAUCGAUCAUCACCGGAUAUUCAAUAUGUAAUUCGCCGUAUGAUUAUCAAAAAUGUUCAAAACAGAUUGAAUUAGCCAUCAAAAAUUCAGAAUAUCCUCCAACAAAUUAUAUGCAUGAACACUGUAAAAUAGGAGAGAAAAUUGGUGUUAAAUCUGGUGGCGAUUUUUAUUAUCAAAAUUCCAAUGGAGAAGAAUCUGUUCUCCUCAUAUGUGCCGGUGUUGGUGUAAAUCCAAUUGUUUCUAUUUUAAGACAUAUCUGUGAUAUAUUAAAAUCAAAUAUCACAAAUGAACUUGCUCCUUAUCGGACGAAAUUUCUUUAUACAGCACGUUCAAACGAUGAACUUGUGUUUAAAAGUGAAAUUGAAAACGAAUGUUAUAAAGACAAAAAUGUUGUUCAAACGCAAUAUUUUGUUACACGUGAAAUGACAUCAUCAGAUACAAACGUGAACUAUCGUCGUAUAACAAAAACUGAAAUAAAUGAAGCCAUUCAAUGGCUUUCUAAACCUGUCAAAGCAUACAUUUGUGGACCACCGGCGUUUAUUGAUUCUAUUGUAGAAAUAUUGACAAGUUUAAAUGUAAAAAAUACUUUAUAUGAAAAAUGGUGGUAA